AUGACUACUUACAAAUUCAACGUUCAAAUGAAGUGUGGAGGAUGCAAAUCAGCUGUUGAUAAGGCAUUGAAUCAACUUGAAGGAGUAUCUGACAUUGAAAUCGAUGUAAACCUCAAGGUUGUAAAGUGUAACUCUACCAAGCUUAAUGGUCAAGAACUCCUCAGUAUAAUUGAAAAGACUGGAAAGACUGCUUCAAUCAUUCAUUAA